UCCUGCUCCUCCCCCCCUGUCAUCCUCCUGCUCCUCUGUCAGCCGCAUCAUUCCGUCAGGCGGGGAGACUUGGAGCAGUUCACCUCCUCUCAGGCUGGAUUCUCACCGACGGAGGAGUGAGUGUCGGAGCACUGACCUCCUGCAGAAGCCUGUUUGCUGAUGGAGCAGGGUGGAAGUGCUGAGGGGGGGCCGGAGAGCCCCCAGCCUCAGGACGGCGUCGGCCCCCAGGACCGAGAGGACAGCCCAGCCUCUGGCGGCCCCCCCGAGAGCAAGACGAGCCACGCUGAGGUGAACGGCAGCCCGGCAAACGCACCCCGCCGCCUAAACGGCUCGCCGCUGAGGCCUCUGGGAGGUCUGAUGAUCCCGGUCUUCUGCGUGGUGGAGCACGCAGACGCGGCUGGAGACGGCGAGGCCCGGGCCGACCAUCACGCCGAGUUCGUGCUGGUCCGGAGGGACGUCCUGUUCUCCCAGCUGGUGGAGACGGCUCUGGUCGCUCUGGGAUACUCCCACAGCUCAGCUGCUCAGGCCAGGGGCAUCAUCAAGAUGGGACGGUGGAAGCCGAUGCCCAUCCACUACCUGACGGACGCUCCGGAGGCCACGGUGGCCGACAUGCUGCUGGACGUGUACCACAUGGUGACGCUGAGGAUCCUCCUGCAGAGCUUCGCCCGUCUGGAGGAGCUGCCGUCGGAGCAGUGGACUCACGCCACGGUGAGGAACGCCCUGAAGGAGCUGCUCCGAGAGACCAACCAGAGCGCCCUGGCCAAGGAGUGUCCGCUGUCCCAGAGCGUCAUCUCCGCCAUGGUCAGCGGCUCGUUCUACACCAACGUCUCCACUGCCAGAUGCCAGGAGUUCGGCCGCUGGUUCAGGAGGUUCAAACGCAGCAAAGGUGACCACCUGGAGAAGGCGUGGCCGUCCCAGGACCAGUCCAGCAUCAAAGUGGAGCGGAAUCUGGACCUGAGCCUCCACAACCACCGCUCCUCCCUGCUGCCCCCCCCCAGCCUCAUGAGCUCCCUGCCCGGACCCGUCCAGUCCGGCCUGGGGGGCUCUCAGACCGCCGCGCAGCCUCACGGUCUUCCUCACGCGCCCGGCCAGAACCACCCCAGCCCCCCUCUGCACUCGCAGGCCCCCCCGCUGCUGGGCCACGGCGGGCUCCUGCCCCCCCAGCUGGUCCGGCAGCAGCUGGCCAUGGCCCACCUCAUCAACCAGCAGCUGGCCGUCAGCCGCCUGCUGGCCCACCAGCACCCGCAGGGGGUCAGCCAGCAGUUCCUCCACCACCCCCCCAUCACGCGGACCUGCAAGCUCUCCGGGGGGGGCGCAGAGUCCGGCCUCAGCUGUUCCGGCGCCGAAGUCUCCUCCGACAUCUACCAGCAGGUCAGGAACGAGCUGAAGCGGGCCAGCGUGUCCCAGGCCGUCUUCGCCCGCGUGGCCUUCAACCGCACUCAGGGUCUGCUGUCAGAGAUCCUCCGUAAGGAGGAGGACCCUCGCUCCGCCUCCCAGUCGCUGCUGGUCAACCUGAAGGCCAUGCAGAACUUCCUGAACCUUCCCGAAACCGAGCGGGACCGGAUCUACCAGGAGGAGAGGGAGCGGAGCACCAGUACCAACCACUGCCCCCCCCACAUCUCCAGCUCCAACAGACAGAUGAAGUGCAGCGUCCCGCCUCCAGAGCUGCAGCUGAAGCUCAGCUCUCUGACCAACAUCAGCUCUGACGUCUACGAGGAGAUCCAGCAGGAGAUGAAGAGGGCAAAGGUCUCCCAGGCUCUGUUCGCCAAGGUGGCGGCUAAUAAAAGCCAGGGUUGGCUGUGUGAGCUCCUCAGGUGGAAGGAGAGCCCGAGUCCAGACAACCGCACCCUCUGGGAGAACCUGUGCACCAUCCGCCGCUUUCUGGCCCUCCCACAGGCGGAGCGGGACCAGGUCUACGAGGAGGAGUCCCGCCAGCAGCACAGCGAGCGGCUGCACGCCGUCCUGCACCUCCCAGAGCCGCAGAGCCUCCACAGGCCGCCGCUGACCCUGCUGACCCCGCCGCCCCCCAUGCCAGAGGACCGUCAGCCCGUCCACCUGCAGGAGCCCCCGCCCCCCGAGGACGGCCCACAGCGGGGUGUGAGUCCCGGCCCCGGAGGAGGCGGGGCAAAGAAGGCCAGGUCCCGCACCAGGAUCUCCCUGGAGGCCCUGGGGAUCCUGCAGAGCUUCAUCGGGGACGUGGGGCUGUACCCGGACCAGGAGGCCAUCCACACCCUGUCCGCCCAGCUGGACCUGCCCAAGCACACCAUCCUCAAGUUCUUCCAGAACCAGCGCUACAACGUCAAGCACCACAGCCAGACCAAAGAGGCCCCGCCCGGGGACGGCUCCCUGGACAGCGAGGGCGGGGUCUGUCCCGCGGAGGGGGCGGGGGAGGGGUGGAGCGAGAACGGCGGAGACGACCUGCUGAGGACGGAGGGAGAGGUGGAGAUGGAGGAAGGGGAUGAUGGGAAAACCUCAGGGCCUUCCUCCCCGUCCCCCCCCAGCAGUUUGGACAGCCCCCACUCUGCAGAGCAGCAGAGAUAACAGGAGAACUGAGCCCUAGAAAUAUUUAAGCCUCCCAAAGGGAGGGGGUCCGUCUGCAGGCUUCAGGGUCCAUCCCCCCGGUGUGGGACGUCCUUUAGAACCUGUGAGACAAAACACAGGGGGAAAUUCAGCCACUCACCUUCUGAGGCUCUGAUUUCCUGCAGAGACCCCCCCCCCCCCCCCCAUAGAAUCCCUUACUUUCAAAAACGGAUGGAAAAAAGUUCUAAAUAAUUCAUGUUUCAGAAAAUCAACCUGUGGAAAAACAAAAGCAGCUGAAAGUUCCUCCUGAUUAUUAAGAACGAUGGAAAAAGAUGAAUGAAAAUGUCAAAGAAUAAAAAAAAAGUCUCCAGAUGUGAUCAAUGUUUACUAAAGAGUUUUCUGUUGUUUCAGCCACAAACUGCAGCUAGUAAUAAAUACUGACGGCUUCUCCUCCAUCCCA